AUGGAGGGCGGUGUGACCGUAGCAGAUAAGGCGGAAUUCAAGGAGUGCCUGCGGCUGUCCUGGACACAGCCUUACAUCCUUCAGCUUGUGCUGUCUGCUGGCAUCGGUGGUCUUCUUUUUGGAUAUGAUACAGGUGUCAUAUCUGGAGCCCUUCUCUACAUUAGAGAUGAUUUUGCUGCAGUGGAAAAGAGCACUGUGUUAAGGGAGACAAUAGUCAGUAUGGCUGUUGCUGGAGCUAUAGUUGGAGCUGCAUUUGGUGGCUGGAUGAAUGACAAGUUUGGAAGGAGGCCUUCCAUCAUAAUUGCCGAUGCCUUGUUCUUUGCAGGCGCCGUAAUCAUGGCCUUUUCCCCAACACCUAAUAUUAUCAUUGUUGGUAGGGUAUUUGUUGGUCUUGGUGUUGGGAUGGCUUCCAUGACAGCUCCUCUGUACAUCUCUGAAGCCUCCCCUGCUAGGAUCAGAGGUGCUCUAGUGAGCACCAAUGGGCUUCUCAUCACUGGUGGCCAGUUCUUGGCAUACCUCAUUAAUCUAGCCUUCACUAAGGUGCCGGGGACCUGGCGGUGGAUGCUUGGCAUUGCAGGGGUUCCUGCCCUGGUCCAGUUCGUACUGAUGCUGAUGCUUCCAGAAUCACCAAGAUGGCUCUACAGGAAGGGCAGGAAAGAGGAAGCUGCAGCAAUCUUGCAGAAGAUUUACCCUGCGAAUGAGGUCGAGCAAGAGAUUGACGCAAUGCGCCGGUCUGUGGAAGAAGAGGUGCUCCUUGAGGGCUCCAUCGGCGAGCAUGGUCUCAUUGGCAAGCUGAGGAAGGCGCUGGGCAGCAAGGUCGUUCGCCGCGGGCUAUUGGCCGGCGUCAUUGUCCAAGUCGCGCAGCAGUUCGUGGGCAUCAAUACCGUCAUGUACUACAGCCCGACGAUCGUGCAGCUGGCCGGCUAUGCGUCCAACAACACAGCCAUGGCACUAUCCCUCAUCACCUCUGGCCUGAACGCCAUCGGCUCGAUCGUCAGCAUGUUCUUCGUGGACAGGGCAGGCCGGAGGCGCCUGAUGCUGAUCAGCCUGGUUGGCAUCGUCGUGUGGCUCGCCGUGCUCGGCGGCACGUUCCUGGGCGCCGCGCACCACGCCCCACCAGUCAGCGACGUGGAGACCCGACUGCUGGCGAACCAGACCCAGACGUGUCCUGAGUUCAACCCGAACGUCCGCUGGAGCUGCAUGAACUGCCUCAAGGCUGCGUCCACGUGCGGCUUCUGUGCUCACCAGGGAGACAAGCUUCUUCCGGGGGCGUGCUUGGCGCUGAACGACGAGUCUCGGCAUGCGUGCCGCGCGGACCACCGGGAGUUCUACACAGAGGGGUGCCCGAACAACUUCGGGUGGCUGGCGCUGAUCGGCCUGGGCGCGUACAUCGUCUCCUACUCGCCCGGCAUGGGCACGGUGCCGUGGAUCGUCAACUCGGAGAUCUACCCGCUGCGGUUCAGGGGCAUCUGCGGCGGCAUCGCGGCCGUUGCCAACUGGGUCUCCAAUCUCAUCGUGACGCAGACGUUCCUGUCCCUGACCAAGGCACUCGGGACAUCGGCCACCUUCUUCCUCUUCUGCUGUGUCUCCUUCCUGGCUCUCAUCAUCGUCUUCCUCACCGUGCCGGAGACUAAGGGCCUGCAGUUCGAGGAAGUGGAGCGCAUGCUGGAAAGGAACGACUACAAGCCCUGGAAGAGGUACCAUGGUGGCAGCAGCAUCGAGCCGGCAAAAAACAGUGAGAUUGGCCUCACCACGCCAUGA